CCUUCCAGUACUUCCGGAACUGUCAACGCGUGAACUCAUUAGAUUAGAUAUAAACUGCUGUCAUGUUGUUUGAUUUGGAAUUGGGUAGAUAAACAAAUAUUUUCUUUGUAUUUUUUGCACGUUAAAACCAAACAUGGAAUGACAUUUAUGCAUCAAAUCGAUUUACUGAAGGCUCACUGAUCGACCUCAGCUUACAUCAACAUCAGCUGUAUUUUUAGAGCUUUUGGAUUUUGGGGCAUAAUUAUAUAUAUAAUAAGAACAAGUAAUCAUGCUGAAAGCUGUUAUUCUUAUCGGAGGUCCUCAAAAAGGCACCCGGUUUCGUCCUCUGUCUUUCGAGGUGCCCAAACCUCUGUUUCCAGUGGCUGGAGUGCCAAUGCUACAACAUCACAUUGAAGCCUGCUCUAAGCUUCCAAAUAUGAAGGAGAUCUUGCUUAUUGGCUUUUAUCAGCCCAAUGAAGAACUAAACAGAUUUUUGUCAUGCGCCCAACAAGACUUCAAAAUAUCAAUACGAUACCUUCAGGAGUACGCUGCUCUGGGCACUGGAGGAGGAAUUUACCAUUUCAGAGAUCAGAUUCUGUCUGGCAGUCCAGAAGCAUUUUUUGUCAUGAAUGCUGACGUGUGCUCAGAGUUUCCUCUUCCAGAGAUGCUGGACUUCCAGAAGGAGCAUGGAGACGCUUACAGCUUUGUCAUCCUUGGUACCACGGCUAACAGAAAACAGUCCCUGAACUACGGCUGCAUUGUUGAGAAUGAACAAACUGAUGAGGUCUUGCAUUAUGUCGAAAAGCCCAGCACCUUCGUGAGUGACAUAAUCAACUGUGGGAUAUACCUGUUCACUCCGGAGAUAUUCCAGCACAUUGGAGAGGUUUUCCAGAAGAACCAACAGGACAUGCUCUUAUAUUACGAUGAGGGAGAGGAGCAGUCCAACGGCUGGCACCGGGCAGAGGUGAUCCGUCUGGAGCAGGACAUCUUUACGGCGCUGGCAGGCCAAGGCAAAUUAUAUGUGUACAAAACAGACCUCUUCUGGAGCCAAAUCAAAUCUGCAGGAUCUGCGAUCUAUGCGAGCCGUUUGUAUCUUAGCCAGUAUCACACAACACAUCCAGAGAGGUUAGCUACUAAUAGAGAAGGAGGGCCAAAGACCAGAGGACAUGUUUAUAUACAUCCAACUGCCAAUAUAGAUCCAACUGCUGUGUUAGGUCCAAAUGUGUCCAUAGGAACAGGCGUAACGAUCGGUGCAGGAGUUCGCGUAAGGGAGUCCAUCAUCCUCCACGGUGCUACUUUACAGGAUCACAGCUGUGUGUUGAACAGUAUUGUGGGUUGGGGCAGCACCAUUGGCAAAUGGUCCAGAGUAGAAGGGACCCCUAGUGACCCGAAUCCUAAUGACCCAUAUGCCAAAAUUGACAGCGAGACACUGUUCAGAGAUGGAAAACUAACACCGUCCAUUACAAUUCUAGGCUGUAAUGUAAAUAUCCCAUCGGAGGUCAUCAUACUCAACUCCAUCGUCCUGCCACAUAAAGACCUCAACAGAAGCUUCAAAAACCAGAUCAUAUUAUAGGUUCAAUCAUUUGUACCUGUCAGUCUUAUUUAAAUAAAACAGGUAUUUGAAAAUGAUGGAUGAAUCAUCUGAAGAUUCAGUGGCAUUUGUGUUGAUGUCUGCUACUGUAAUUUGCAUUUACCAUUGUACAGUGUUACAGUGUAGAAUGUCUUUGUCAAACUGUUUCUGAAAUGACUUGAAAUUAAUUUUAUUUACAGCUUGUUGGCUCCCUCUUGCCAGUGAAACGUCAAAGAUAUUCAAAAAAAGCUGCUGUUUAUUUGUGCAGUCUGUUACUAUUUGUUCUUACAGCAUUUAACUUGCCAUGAAAAAAACAAAAAUGAAGACAAAUGGUAAAAUCUUGUAAUUGGAUACAAGUUGUGUUGGUAAUUGUUUUAAAUAAUUGAUGUUUCUGUGACUGCUCGCUGUAUGAAAGCUGAGUGCAGUGCAAGAGUCAGACGUCUGCAAUAAAUUAUAUUUUGAUUAAGUCACAAAAGGUAAUAAAGUAAUUUACUGCUGCCCUUGUAGAAAA